GCUCCACAACACUUCACGAUUACUAUCUAUAUAUAAUAAUAUAAAUAGAAUCCGACUCUUUAUCACCAGCUCAAUAAUACCUUGAGAGAGAGAGAGAGAGAGAGGGAGGGAGAGAGAUGGAAAAGCUGGUAUCAGAUGGACUUAGCCGUGGGAGUGUAGUGCCAGAAACAUACAUAUUUCCCGGGGAACAACGUCCAAACACUGUGAGAACUUGCGAAAGCAUUCCUGUCGUAGAUCUUCAAGGAGGCAGUGAAGAUGAAGUUGUCCGAGAAAUCCUCAAAGCUGGGAAAGAAUAUGGUUUCUUUCAGGUAAUUAAUCAUGGAAUUCCAGAAGAUCUGGUUAAUGACAUGAUCAGUGUUGCUCAGGAAUUCUUUGAGAUGCCUGCUGAAAACAAAGCUUGUUAUUAUUCGGAAGAUCCAAGAAAAGAGCCCAGACUUUUUACAGGCCAAGGUUACGGAAAAGAAUUAUCUCUCUACUGGAGGGACUGCUUCAUUAUUUCUGCAUAUCCAGUGGCGAAAUUCGAGCAUCUUUUUCCAGAAAAACCUGAUAAUUUAAAGGAGAUCAUGAGCAAGUUUGCACCAGAGGCAAAGGGGUUAGCGGCUAGACUUUUAAGGCUCAUCUCCAUUGGUUUAGGGCUGGAGGAGGAUUAUUUGACUGGAAAUCGCAGUGGAGGCCCAGUGAAGAUGGUUUUUAACUACUAUCCGCGAUGCCCGGAUCCAAGCUUAACAUUAGGUUUGCCGAAGCAUUGCGAUCCAAAUCUCAUCACUCUUCUCCUUCAAGGAAAAGUUAGCGGGCUCCAGGUCCUGCACGAUGACCGAUGGGUCUCUGUCGACCCUCUCCCUAACGCCUUUGUGGUAAAUUUUGGACUUCUAUUUGAGGUAGUAACUAAUGGAUUGCUAAAGGCGGUGGAGCAUCGAGCUGUAACGAACCAUAGUUUGGCAAGAACGUCGAUCGCCUUGCCCAUCAGGUCCGCCGAUGCUCUUCUAAGCAAGGAUAACAACCCUCCCCUCUACGGAUCCUUCUUGUUUCCAGAAUUCUUCAAGAUCUUUGCUACCAAGAAAACUGAUGAUAAAGAAAUCAUGAUGGAAGACUUUAGGAUCAAAGGUUAACUUAUGCAUAAAAAUUAAGGAUCCCAUUAUGAUUUGUGUGUAAAAUUCAGCUGUCAUCAGUUUGUGUUAAUGUUAUUUGUGGUUAGUUUUUGUAAGCGUACGUGUGAAUUGUUUCAACUGUUUGUCUAAUGCUGAGGGAUUGAGUAGUUUGGUGUUGCCUUUUACUACUACUCAGAAGCUA